AGAAAUAGACUUCCUUGAUUCAAAAGUUUGCACUACUCAGCCGCUGCAAGUACAGCACCAUUGCACAUUUAUAGUAGACAUGCGAUCACUUUCCAACGUGAAGGACAUAAAAUGUGAUGACAUGGGAGUGUGGAUCAAUAACAGUUGCCAUAAAUUCUAUUAUACAGUGACUAAUGAGGAAGAUAUCACCAUACACCCGACCAAAGAGAAAAAUGGCGAAAACGUUGUGACGCUAAAAAGAGGGUAUUUCGCGCUGAAGUAUGACACAAAUAAUGAUGUAAGGAAACGGAUAGACAUCAUACAGCUUCCUGACAAAGAAAUUUACCGUUAUGGCUUGGUGCAAUACUCUUUUAAAGACGGGGAAGAGCAUCCAGUGCAACAUUAUAAACAUGGCAAUUCCAAGAGAAAUGAUCGCGAAUAUGUCAGAACAUGGAAGAGCACAAAAGUCCUUUUAGAAACAGCUUCACAAAACAAGCGACCUUGUGAGGCUUUACGCCAUGUUAUUAGUGAAGAUCUCGGUGGAAUAAUCUCCUGUGUCGGGAUUGGUCAACUGCCGCGAAAUUGUCAGCAAUCCAGCGAUCUAAAAUGCAAAAAAGCUGUUAAAGAAAUGCCUAUUUCGCAACGGAAAAACAUGUUUGGGAGGGGAAAAGUUGAUGAUCCGUGGUAUUUGUUACUUGGUGCAAGCAAGAAGCAGAAUGACAACAAAGAAACUUCAUUCAUUAGUGACGUCAGAGUAGGUGGUGAACCUCUAUGUGUUUUGGCAUCUAAAAGGCAAUUAAAUGACUUGAGACGAUUCUGUUGUACCAAAACUGAAUUUAAGCCUCUGACAGUUGAUCCAACAUUCAACAUUGGACAAUUCAAUGUCAUAAUUGCCGGGGCAAACUAUGAGGUCAAUUCGGCUGACGUUCUCGCAUCUCUUGGGUGGUUAACUUUAGAGGAAAGACGUAUACUUUGUGAUGUAAUUGAUGGUAAUGAUGAGCAGUUACAGUAUUAUGAUGUUGAUGAAGAUGGCCCAGUUGUUGCUUCUGAUGACGAUAAUAUUGUCAAUGACGGUGACAUCAUAAAUACAUAA